AUGGCCGUGGCAGCGAUGGCCGAGCGUGGCCGCCUAUCGUACGCUGCGCCCGCUCCUAGCACUGAGGGGCUACCGCGAGCCUUUCUCCAGAGCCUGCGCACCCUCUUCGACAUCCUGGACGACCGGCAGCGCGGCUACGUGCACCUGCGCGAGAUCGAGUCCCGCUGGCAAGGUGCAGACGCACGCGAGCUGCCCUGCGGCGUGCUCGAGGGCCUGCGCCAGGUGGCCCCGGCCAGUGGCUACCUGACCUUCGAGCGUUUCGUGGCGGGCUUGCGCACCUCGCUGCUGAACGCCGAUGGCGGCCCGCGGGAUCAGGCACGCGUCGCGGCCCGGCCUGGGGACCAGUCGUCCCUGCAGCAGCGUCUGAUGUUCGCACCGGCCGAUGAGCCGCGGACUGUCCUGGAGAGGAAGCCUCUGCCUCCGAGUGCGCGCCCUGCUCUUGUUGGCCCCGGUGGCACCUCCCGGAACCCUGAGCUAUUAUGUGUCCCGGUGGAGGCGGCGCCCUGCCCUACAGAGCCCGAGCGGCCCCUGAGCAAGGCGCUGGAGCGGAUCCCUAGCGCGGAUUCCAGUGAGUGUGCCACCCUGCAGAGACUACCCGGCCUGCUUCUCCAGCCAGGCAGAGGAGGCAGCACAGGAGCACCUAGCACAAGUGCUGAAGAAGGUACAGCAGCCUGCAAGACCCUGGACAUGGGCACAGGUGAAACCCGGCAGGCUCUGCGAGCCCGAGGCGAGCGUCGAAGGCAUACCAUCACCAACGGUGUGGACUGCAGCCUGUUGAAGCAGAUGAAGGAGUUAGACCAGGAGCAGGAGGUGCUGCUGCAGGGCCUGGAGAUGAUGGCUCGGGGCCGAGAAUGGUACCAGCAGCAGCUGCAGCGUGUGCAGGAACGUCAACGCCGCCUGAGCCAGAGUAGAGCUGCCUCUGACCUUGGGGCUGAAGGAAGCCCCCGCCCUCUGGGGAGGCUGCUGCCCAAAGUACAGGAGGUGGCCCGAUGCCUGGGGGAGCUGUUGACUGCAGCCUGUUCUGGCAGAGCUCUGCCUUCAUCCUCUUUGGGGCCCCUGGGCCCUACCUCACCCUCAACUCCAGUCUGGCAGCAGCAGACCAUCCUUAUGCUGAAAGAACAGAACCGGCUUCUCACUCAGGAGGUGACUGAGAAGAGCGAGCGCAUCACGCAGCUGGAGCAGGAGAAGUCUGCACUCAUCAAGCAGCUGUUUGAGGUCCGAGCUCUCAGCCAGCAGGAUUCGGGGCCUCUGGACUCCACUUUCAUCUAG